UUAGUCAUUUCGAUCAAAGUUCGCCGUUGUUCCGAGGAACUUACUGAAUUCCAGCUAUUUUAAACCAUGUCUGGGCACAAUUUCAGUCAUCAACAUCAUAUCUCAAUCGGCUUUUUACUUCAGAACUUGAUCAGCUACUACAAGCCUACAACACUUAUAAACAUCCCAUGGCACCCAGCAGGACUGAUAACCCAGAAAUGGCGAAGAAGCAUUUGAAAGUGAGGACCAAAGCCAAACGACUGAAAACCGAGAUGGGAAAGGUAAGGGAAGAUCAACUAUGCUUAAUAGAGGAGCAGUCAAAAUUAAUGACAAGGUUCGGAGAGAUUGAGAGGCAAUGCAAUGAGCUGAAACAAGAAGCUCAAAUGAUGGCCAAGCAAUCAGCCUUGACCCGACUUAAGCUGGAACUCAUGUUGGGAAUCUUGAAAGCUCGUGAGGGAGGAGAUUUGGUUCAAGCUGCUAACCUUACUCGUUUCCUUCGAAAAAUUGUUGCCAUGGAGAAAGCAAAUGCAAUCUAGGCUCAAGUCAAAGAUGAAGAAGAUGAUCCAUAGACAACACCCCAAUCACAAGGGAGCCAAAAAUAAAACUGAAUGUCCACAACGCAUGUAUAAAUCACAGUUUUAUUGCUAUGUCUUAGUGGCUAAUAUAAAUAAUUAUAAUAAAAUUUUGUGUACUAUGGUUGUUACUUUUAAUCAUAUUUCAAACACACUAAGUAUUGUUCCAUUAA